AAACACAUUCAUUAACCUAAAACAUUUCUGCUUCAUCAUGUUCUCUCUUCAGCCGCAGCUUUCUCGCCGGUGGUGGUUCCAGUCGCGGCGGUUCACCACCGCGAUUUGCUUCCACCACCGUGUUCCAACUUAUAGGCCUCCUCAGCUGAAGUAUCUCCUCUGCCCCAAACGGAUCAUCUGGUGCAAGGCGCCCUCCCCCGCCUCCCCAAGCCCCUUUUCAUCAGACAAGAUUCACCUCAUCCGUCGCAAGCACGCCUCUGGCAAAAACUUGCCAGCCUAUGUACGCUCCUAUCACAGUUUCAGUUACUGAUCUGAGACGAAGAAAAUCUUUCACACCUAUGAAAGCUCACUUUCUUUGAAACACCACAUUUAGAUACAUGGCAGCAGUUGAUGGUUCAGUUCAUAAGAGGCACUUAAUAAGUGAGGGAACAACCAUUGAGGGCGUCCAUUGUGUUCCUAUAUAGUGGAGUUACUUCCAAGUCAGCCAGAUAUGCAAAGAGCUCGUCUUCCAAUACUGGUUGUGAACUUGUUAUUGACUCAUUACAUGAAUCUCCAAUCUUCAUUCUUGAUGUUCAACACAUAUGUUCUCCCAGGUAAUAGCCAUGUUCAUUUGCUGCAAUUUGAGUUGAUGGGGCUUAAUAGGCGGCAGAAUAAAUUGUGGAAGGUGGUCUGGCUUGCUGUUAUAUGGACCGUGUGGAAUGGCAGAAACAACCUGGUGUUUAGAGAGGUGGAGAUGGAGAUAGAAAGAUUGUUUGAGAUGGUACAAAUUUGUUCAUGGAACUGGAUUACGGCUGGACUCCAAGGAUUUUCCUCUUCCUUCUUUGAAUGGGUUUCGAACCCGAUUCAAUGCAUUAAACCUGUCUACUGGUGCUGUGGAGGGGCAGUAGGAAUUCUCUAUCGAGCAAUUGUCCUUUCUGAAAUCACAGUGUGAGUAUCACCGUAUGUGAUGCGGUAGGGAAUGGGAUCAACACAAAAGCAUUUCAGAAUGUCAUCUUCUACCUCAACUCAUGCAAAAGAUAUUCACUUUAACGAGUCAUAUAAUGGCAUCAGAUUAAAGAGACUUCUCAUGGAAGGGGUGAUUAUGUUAUAAACAUCUUUAUUGAAGUUUUCCAUCUUGAUUGAAGUUUCAAGAUUGAAAGUGCAAAGCUAAUGCGUGAAGAUUAUUAUGUAGAAUAGGUUGAAUAUGAAUAUGAAUUAUCAAUUAUGUACUCUUAUUGAAUAUGCACUAUUGAACUUCAGUAGUUGCACAAUGAUGUAACAAGUUUUGAUUGCAAAAAAACGCGACUUGAAAUCUAAUCCUUUGUCAACUUUAGUACUCCAAACUAUGAACUUUUAAAG